AUGGAACACAAUAACAUAUCAGCCAACAAUAACACUGUUUCUAAUAUCACAAAGCGAAAAAAUAUUAUUUAUCGAAAGCGCCAAACUAAAAGAACUAAACAGCUAUUAGAAAAAAAUUCAAAUAUAGAAAUAGUCAAAAAUUUAGAAAUCCGAUCAAAACUCGGGUGCUUGACAUGCAAAGAUAGAAAGAAGAAAUGUGAUGAAUUACAUCCUAAAUGCUAUAAUUGUAAGAAAAAUUUUUUGUAUUGUAGGUGGCCAAAGAACUCCCUUGAUGGUAGUGAUGAUGGCCAGGAAGAUGAACAGAAUGGAAUUUUUGUUAAUUGUACAGUAGAUGACUUCACUGAUGAAUACACAAUUGUAGCGGAUACUAGUAAUUCUUCAAUUAAAACUGAUGAUGAGGAUAACAAUGAAAAUUUCUUGUUUUUGUAUACAAAAAAAACCAAACCCUAUUUUUAUCAUAAUUUAGAAUUAACUACUCUUAAAUACAGGAAAAUUUUUAAGGAUACGGCACGAAUACAUUUUAAUAUUGAUGAAAUUAUAGAAUAUGAUAAAUCAUUGGCAAAGUUCCCAUCUUUAGAAAUGCUAAGAAAGUCAGAUGAAAAAUUCCAAAGUUUGGUUAAAAAUGAAAUACUGAAAAAGAAAAAUAAUCAACUUGAAUUUAAUAUUGGUAACGAACUCCUGAAUUUCGGUGUGGAUGACAAAGCAGAAGACGUUGACCAGUACCAAAACAUUUUUAAAAACUUGUUGGAUAUUAAAGUGGAACCAUACAAAGUAUUAACAAAUAAUACAGGAGAAAUACCGCAUUCUGAAUUUUUUACUUAUUCCAAACUAUCAACACCUGAAGUGUUAGAAAAUGUUGAUCAUACUACUAAUGCUACUAUUGAUGAAAUUCUUUUUGCUAAUAAUAAUAAUAAUAAUAAUAAUAAUAAUAAUAAUAAUAAUAAUACUGAUAAUAAUACUGAUAAUAACACUAAUAAUAAUAUAUUCAUAGGAUCUCAUAGCUCUGUUUCAAAAAACCAACAUAAAAUUGUUUCCUCCCAUUCGCCUUCAAAUUACCAGCAAAAUGCUUAUGAACCAAACGCUCCUUCAACUAUUAAUAAUAAUUUUAUACAAGAACUACCUGCACCUUCUAGUCCACCCAACCAAACACUUUCUCCUCAAUCCUAUGUUCCUCUUUCUGAGGAAAUGUUUGUUAGACCCCCAUUUUUUCAUAAAAAGAAUGAUGUCAUGAAACCACCUGCGAAAAUACCAGAUGUCAAUCUUCGUUCAAAUUAUAGCUUCUUUUCAGAUGAUGGGAAUGAAUUAACCCAAAAAUAUAAACAAUUGGUUGAGGAUAUAGAAGAUGGAAAGUAUCAAGGAAGAUGGGACGAAGUUCCCAGCGACGAAGCUUUUUUAUUUUAUGUUUGUGUUGAAAGAUUUAUACCUAAAAUUGGACCACAAGAAACUCAUCCAAUGUUAACUACAAAAGCUACUUUUAUCCCUCAAGUCGAACAUAACCCAAUAAUGAAAGAAGUUUUUUUGUGCUGUGGAUCGGUUUACUUGGAAUGGUAUGAUCCAUCAAUCGCCCUAUUAUCAAACCAGUUGUAUGAAAGUAGCUGCGAACUAAUAAAAAAAUAUAUUAUGGAACACAAAGGCCAUGUCACUACGGAGCGAUGGCUGCUAGCAGCUUUCCUGUUGUUAUGUCUAAGAACUAAAUCUAGUAAUUCAGGGACGGUAGACGAGUGUGCCAAAUGUUUGUCGUAUGCUUUUAUUAUUAUACAACAAAUCUAUUUUGAACCUUCUGACAUUAGUCAAGUAAAUAACGGUGAUGUUAAUCCUGCCAUUAAUAGCAAAAGUAGUGUUAGCAACGCCACUGAUAAUGAUAUAAAAGAAGAUUUUACUCAAUUGAAGAAAAAAAAUACAUACUUGACAUUGGAUAGUGUCAAUUUACAUAAAGACCCUGCCACGGAUUUUCCAGGUGCUGUAAAUAACACUGGUUCGUAUGUUUCCAAGUCUACCAGGACCAACAGUAUUUCAAGUAACACAACUAGUUUAAAUAGUUGUCAUGAUAACUACACUAGAGAUGAAUUCGAUGAAAUGUUUUUGAAACUAGGUUUACAAAAAUUGGAAUAUGAAAUUGUUAAUGAUAUAAUGGCAGUUAAUUCUAAUACAAACUCACAUACAACAAUCUCCAAGCCAAGUGAUGAUAAAAAAUUAGAAAAAAUUGAAAGCAAGUUAAUUUUUACCAUAAAGGACUCUUUAAUUUUACAACCCGAAGAAAGAAUGUUUAUUGAAAGUUUCAUUUAUAAUUACUCGGUUGUUGUAUUUUUCGCCACAGAUAUUUCUAAUUUACCCAAUCCAUUCCAAAUUUUCAAAAAACUAUCACAUCUUUUGAAAUGUCCCAUUUACCACUGUGAUUUGGAGUGGAUGAACAACCCGGUUUUGGGUAGUGCCUUGGAUGCCUUUGAAAUAUUGGCGAAAAUAUCAUACAUUUCUCGUCUACCGCUCGAUCAAAUUAAGAAUGAUGUAACUUUGUAUAAUAAACUAGUACAAUUAAACAAUAUGGCUCUUUAUUAUACCUCCCCACUAAUUCCACAGCAUUUAAUUGGUAAAUCCCAUGAAGCUAGUGUUCAUUGUGGGCUAAUUGUUUCCAAAUCAUGUUAUCUAUUGAGUCAAAUGAUGAUAAGUGUAAUUAGAUUUGGGAAAUUUGAUAUGUAUGAGGAAAAAAUACAAAAAGUUGUUAAACAAAUUUUAAAAGCUGUGAGUAAAAUCCCGCUCAAAAAUAGAAUAUGGGGAAUUUUACCUUGGUCGAUUUUAAUUGCUGGAUGCUUUACUGUUGAUGAUAAUGAUAAACAGGAAAUUCUUAAGUGCCUAGAAUAUUGUGGUGAUGUUAUACAUUCAUCUAAUUUUACAAAUAAUAGAUUUUUUUUCCAGAAAAUUUGGGCUAUUCCUAACGGAGAAGGUUGGAAAAUUUUGCUUGACAGGAAAGAAUUGACCAAGGUAAUGACUUGA